UGAAGCAUUUGUUCACUAACCCUUUACUAAAACAUUACAAAGAGGUUAAUUUAUGAUGGCUUAUCAUAAACUGAUUUUCACCACCUCUAUCUUUGUUCUUACGUUUCUGGCUGUUGCCUCCGCAACAGAUUAUGAAUAUGGUUCAACCCAAAACACUGAGAAGUCCAAACCCGAAACUGAAGUUGAUAAUAAACCAUACUCUACCAAACCAAACUAUGAUGCUUAUAAAUCCAAAAUAGAUUUUGAGUAUAGUUUAACUUCAGAAAUUGGGAAACCCAAACCUGAUACAGAUUACGAACCACAUUUCACAAAACCAAACUAUAGAGUUCCCAAACCCAAAGUAAACUAUAGAUAUAGUCCGGUUCCAAAUAUAGAGAAACCUGAACAUGAAUUAUAUUACAAACACUCCACAAAACCGGACUAUGAAGCUCCCAAACCUGAAACAAAUUAUGGAUAUGGUCCAACUCCAAAGAAUGAGAAUCACAAAUCUGAAGAAGCUUACACACCAAAUCCUCCAAAACCAUACAAUGAAAUUUCCAAAUCCAACACUGAUUAUGGAUAUGGUCCAACUCCAAAGGUUGAGAAACCUAAAUCUACAACACCUUACACACAAAAUCCAACAAAACCAGACUACAAAGUUUCUAAACCCAAAACAGACUAUGGAUAUAGUCCAACCCCAAAGAUUGAAAAACCAAAGUCUGAAGAAACUUACAAACCAAACCCUACCAAACCAGAAUACGAAACUCCCAAACCCAAAACAAGUUAUGAGUAUGUUCCAACACCAAAAACUGAGAAACCCAAACUCGAUACAGAUUAUAUACCACUCCCAACAAAGCCAUAUUAUGAAGCUCCAAAACCAAAAGAAAGCUACCAAGUGCAAUUGCCUACAGUCAUUGGUGUCCAAGGAACAGUUUUAUGCAAAUCCGGGUCCAACUAUUACCCAAUUCAAGGAGCUGUUGCACGAGUUAAAUGUGAAUGUGUGAAUGAGCUUGGAUACGAGACAGGUCCUAUAACAGUGUUCAGUCAUGUAACAGAUAGUAAAGGUUAUUUCUAUGUUACACUGUCAUUACCUGGGCUAGGAUCAAAAUUGAAGAUUAAUGAAUGCAAAGCAUACCUAGAGAGUUCUCCAUUAGAGACAUGUAAAGUUCCCACAGACGUGAAUCAUGGAAUAAGUGGUGCUCCUCUUUCAUCUUAUCGUCUUCUUGACAACAAGUUCAAAUUGUACUCUGUGGCACCUUUCUUCUGUACCUCACAAGCUAAAUCAGUCCCUGGUUAUUAAGACAUAUCAGCUUGUUUGCCAAAGAAAGUGAGAUAAACAUGGCUGCAAAAUGACUGCAAAGUUCUACGAUGAUUUCUUGUCUUUUAUUUAUUAUUUAUUAAUUUGGGUUUUCUAUUAUAAUGUUUUGUUAAUUGUUCAAUUUUCACAAUUGGUUGGUUAUUGAUUUUGAUAUAUAUAAAGAAAACAUGGUUCAUUUAU